UGUGAGCAGUUUCCUUUGGCACUCUUUAGGCUGCCUUUGAUUGACAGUCGCAGAGGGGACCGCGAGUGAUGUGACCAGGACCUGCUAGUCAGUAUCUUUUCUUUGCCACACUAGGGGCACGAUGUCAUUGGGACUGGGCUGGAACAAAGGGGCCUGAGACUGCAACCACCUCAGAUACACAGAGACGCACAUCACCGCUGCAAUCUGCACACAAUAAAUGAGAGGCAGCACAUAGAGUGUAACCACUGUCCACAGCAAUACAAACACAAGGAGACCUUGUAGUAAGGAACGGAGACUGCGUAGAAAACACACACACACACAUAGAAUUAUAAUAUCACAACAGACACCAUAGAGAUAGGAACACGCAGCAGACACAUAGAGAUAGGAACACACACAGCAGACUCAUCAUUUCAGAACCCUGACUAGGUGAAAGCAGCACAUCCCUAGAGACGCACAACACGGGUCACCUCCAGGACUAUCUGCCUUAUCCUGUUGGUUUAUCUGAAGCUCUCGCUCUCUGAGGAUUUGCACUGAUCUUCCGAGCCCCUAGUGAAAAUGGGCACCCAGGGCCCAGGAAGGAAGCGACAUCCCAACCGGGAUAGAAGGUCUGCGGAAGACCAUGCCCUGAACCAGAUAGCUCGUGAGGCGGAGGCGCGACUUGCAGCAAAGAGAGCAGCUCGUGCCGAAGCUAGAGAGAUUCGUAUGAAGGAGCUGGAACGACAACAGAAAGAGAUAUACCAGGUUCAGAAGAAAUAUUAUGGCCUGGAUACCAAGUGGGGUGACAUUGAGCAAUGGAUGGAAGACAGUGAAAGAUACUCUAAUAGACCUCGCAGGAAUCCCCAGGCUUCAGAUGAAGAUGAAGUUAUGUCUGUGGGGAGCCGGAGCAGCCUACGGACCAAUGGUUAUGAGGAUGAAUUGCUGGGGAUCUCUCAAUAUAAAAAGUCCAGCAGGAGUUCAACGGGCAGUGGGGAGACCUCACGGGGACCCCCCAGAGAUGAGGUGCUGAACACAUAUUACUCUGACACUGGCUCUACACUGAACUCAAAAUCUCAGCAGCCUCUGCACAAUGGAAGCCGGCCCUCCUUACUCACCUGCAGCACUUUGCCUUCCAGAUCUCAGAGGCAGAGCUCUUUGUACGAUGAGGGUGUUACCAGUGGCAGUCGCCGCUACAGUUCUUCCAGCUCGCGGCCUCCCUCUGAGUACAGUUGUUACCUGGGCUCUGGAUCACGCGCCUCAUCUCGUGCCAGUUCUGCCCGUGCUAGCCCUGUGUCUUUUGAGCCCCCUAGUCUCCCUGUGUAUCGUUGUGGCUCCACCAGUGGCAUUUCUCUGGGCUGUUUGGAAGAUAUCACUAUUUCUUCCAGUUCUGGCAUAGAAGAAAGACCAGACAAAGACUUCACAGAGAAGGGGUCUCGCUCUGCAUCCAGUUUGUCAGCAGCCACCUUGGCCUCCUUGGGUGGGUCGUCCUCCCGGAGGGGCAGUGGAGACACUUCUAUAUCUGUUGACACAGAGGCAUCAAUCCGAGAAAUCAAGGAGAUCAGUGAAUUAAAGGAGCAGAUUCAAGAUGUAGAAGGCAAAUACAUGCAAGGUCUGAAGGAAAUGAAGGAUUCCCUAGCAGAAGUAGAGGAGAAAUAUAAGCGCUCUAUGGUAACAAAUGCUCAGCUAGAUAAUGAGAAGACCUCUCUGCAGUAUCAGGUAGACAACUUUCACGAAGUUCUCCUGGAGCUGGAAGAAGAAUUGGCGGAAUCUCGACGCCAGUAUGAUGAAAAACAUAAAGAAUGUGAACGACAGAAGCAUGAACAUACCGUCCUGCGCUUCCAGCUGGCUGAGAUGAAGGAAUCUCUAGAACAGCGGGAGCAAAUGUUAGCGGAAAUCCGCCAGCUGCAGCAGAAGCUAGACAGCAGUGUCUGUGAGAUCUGUGACCUGAAGGAGACCAUAGAAUGGAAGGAGAAAAAGAUAGGGGCAUUAGAAAGACAAAAAGAUUUCUUUGACCCAGUUCGCAAAGAACGCGAUGACCUCAGGGAGGAGGUAACCCAUCUAAGGGGGCAGCUGAAGAAACAUGGCAUUGCUCUGGACUCUGAUGUAACCCCUAAUGGAGAUGCUGCUUCAGAGUCUCAUGGUGAAAAUGUGUACCCUGCAGAUGAGCCUAUAAUGGAAACACCACUGGGCAAAACAAGUGAAGUUGAAGUAAAAGAGGCCGCAAUAUCUGGGUUGGGGCAGGACCCACUGACUGAGCAGGGCAGAAAUAUGGUGCAAGAAACUCCAAAUAAAGAAUCAUUUCUCAUGGAGGGUGGAAGAGCUAGCCAUGCCCACAGUGAGAAUGACAACAAUAUUGAGGAAUCAACAACACACACUUCAGUUUCUGAAGUUUGCAUUGAUAAUGAUUCAGAGAUAAAUCAGCCCCAAAUAAUGCAGACUGAGAAGGAGAAUGAAGUAGAACAUGAGAUGGUAGAAGCAAAGGGGACAAUGUAUGCACAGAAUAUGUUAACAAUAGGUGAGAUGGCAACAGUCCAGAGAAAUGUCAGUCAAGUAGAUGGCGAAGUCUUUCAGGAUGCCUUGGAUUUUAUUGUGCCAUCCCCUAAUCCAAUCAGUGAUGGAGAAACUACUAUUACUUGGAGCGAUAAUGAUAAUGAAGAUAAGAGCAGUAAGCAGGAGAGUGCCACUGAAGAAUUUGCUAAAUGUGGUACAGAACUGUCUAGUGAAAGAGACCUUGUAGAAGAAAAUGUUCUUCAUGCUCCUGAAAUAUAUACUGAAGAGCCACUAGAAGAGAAUACAGGGGCAAAUGUCUUAAACCGAGGCAACAGUGAAAUGGGUGCACCAGAAAUUGAACAAGAAAAUAGUGUUUCUAACCCUUGUUGCAUAAAAGGAGAGGAGACCAUUAUGGAAAUAAGCAAUGACUGUGUAGAUGCAGGAGAAAAGAACAUUGUGAAAAAUGUAGACCAUGUGGAGUUGUCUGAAAUGAUGUUGGAAGUUGACAAGAAAUCUGAUCAUCUAGAAUAUGAAUCCAGCACGGACCAGAAUAUCCAACAGAGUACAGAAUCUGAGUUAGAAAAUGAAGAUAUAAAACUGGUUAAAGUGUUGAAUGAUGACUGUGUCAGUGAUGUUAUUGAUGGAGAGGAACAUGAAAAGACUCAGACUUCAGAAUCCAGCAAGGACCAGAAUAUCCAACAGUGUACAGAAUCUGAGCUAGAAAAUUAUGAUAUAAAACUGGUUAAAGUGUUGAAUGAUGAAUGUGGCAGUGAUGUUAUUAAUGGAGAGGAAUAUGAAAAGUCUCAGACUUCAGAAUCCAGCAAGGACCAGAAUAUGCAACAGUGUACAGAAUCUGAGCUAGAAAAUGAUGAUAUAAAACUGGUUAAAGUGUUGAAUGAUGAAUGUGGCAGUGAUGUUAUUGAUGGAGAGGAACAUGUAAAGGCUCAGACUUCUGCUGAUAUAAAAGAAAGCUUGGAGAGUAAUAUAAAAAAAAUAGAUCAAAAUCAUGUUUGUUUAGAGGUUAAGCAGGAACCGCCACAAAUAAAAAUGUCAGAAGAUGCCUGUAUAGAGGAGUGUAAGGCCAUCAAUGUGAUGGCCAAACUAGAAUCCUCUAUGUUAGAUAAAAGUGAGACCUUAACGGAGGAAGCAGUUGUAGUGGAACUAAAACCAGCACAGGAGGACAACGAUGAUGCAAACCUAGCUCAAGAUGAUUUAAACAAGGACAAUAAUGAUGGACAAGAAGACAAAGAUAAUAGCAAUAUGGAGAACCAGAAAACAGAUCACAUUCUCCAAAAGGGUGGAGAAUGUGAGAUUGAGAAGGAAGAAGGAAAAGAGAUUUCUUUAAAUGAAGUUGAGAUCUCUUAUGAUGAUGUGGGGAAGGAAUGUCUAAACCCCAUAGAUGAGUUACCAACUGCCCCUGGAAUAGAACAUGAGGAAGAAGAGGAUCAAGAUGGAAAUGAUGAUAAAGAAGAAAAAGAAGAAGAAGAAAAUGAAGACGAAUUAAAUAAAAAGUGCCAAGAGACAUCCAUGUUAAAUAAGGGCUCAUCCGUAGACAGAACAUCCAGCAUUGAUGAUGCCCUUCUGGAUGAGAGCACAGAUAAAGGCACCAAAAAAGGAAAAGGCAAAAACAAGGAGGAUUGCGUGAUAUCCUGAUCUGAAGAUGCUUCACCAAACACAACUAGUUUAUUUUAUUGCACUAGUGCCCCACUAAGUUGGCCUUGUCAGUUAUUUGCUCAUCUCUGACAGCCAAUAAAUGGUAAAGCACAAUAGCCUCCUAUCACAGAACUAUCUCCACAUCCAUAUCUGUUAUAGUCAAUUUUUUAGUUGAUAAGCCCACACACUGAAGGCUUACUUAGAGAAGAAUUUACAAGCAAAUACUGAACCAAUAUGCUUUCCAAACAAACCAAAGCCACAGACACCUGUGUUUUAGUUGUAUGAAUAAGUGUCAGAUAUUGGUACCACUUAUUUUAAUAUUGGGAAACAUUGAAGUUUAUUUUAAACAAUAAAUAUGCAACACAUUUCCACUGCUUCUAGACCUAGAGUAAAGUCAUCCUAUAUUAAAGUCAGUGGGUGAUACACAUAAGUUUAGAGUUACUAAAUUAUUGUUUCCUUUGUCUGUUGGAGCCAGCCUUAGACUCAAAAUAAGGUGAUAUUGUCUGCAUUACAGUACAGGAGUUUAUCACAUCUUACAUCUAAUGCUCCUUUUAUACAAUUAUCCUUAAACAUAUAUAUUUUUUUUUUAUAACAGAAAAGUAAUAACAUUUACAAAAUUGUAUUAGAUAUACAUACUACUGAUACAAUAACAAAUAUAUAUAUAUAUAUAUAUAUAUAUAUAUAUAUAUAUAUAUAUAUAUAUAUAUAUAUAUAUAUAUCUAUAUAUAUCAGGAAAGUAAACAGAAGAAGAAACUAUAUGGAAAAGGAACAUUUUAAAGAAAACCACCAAAACCUUUCAGGAUAUUCUACAAUGAAAAUGCUAAAGGAAUCAAAUAAAAAUUGUCCAUAAUAUUAACUAAUGUCUAAAGAGAAAGUAGUCAAUGAGCUAAACAUAUUGUAAAAUAUGGUGUAAUAAUAAGGGCUUAGCAAAGGAGGGAAUUCAAUGAAAUUACAAUUUCAUGACCGUGAAUACCUGGCAAGGUCAGCCCUUGCUCCCCCCACCAUGAGUUUUCUAAUUAUCUCCAUUUCCAGUAAAAUUCUAUGCUAAGUUUAUCAGCAUUGAUAUAAUGAGGUUUUUCAAGCUAAAGCGUUCAUGUUACCAUACUCUUAGAUUUGAUGUUCUUUUCUAGUAUAAUGAAAUGAGGCAUUUAGCACAAUUUUUCAUUAUUUUAAAAAAUUAUUCAUUUAUAUUUAUAUGUUAAUGGCUUGCGUUCUAAAGUACAACUCAAGGACAGUUCUAUAACAUUGAUCACCUGUGUCCAAAACAUAUUUUUAAGUUUCUGAUUUUUCUAAAACAUCAUGUGAGAUCACACCCAGGAGAUUUUAGUUCAAUUUAACUUGAAUGUGUAUUUCACUUUGGAGAUAAAAAGGUAUACAUCUAUAUUGUCAUUGUCCUUUCUCUCUUACUUUUUAUGAAGUACAAGGUCUGAUCUACAGGUGGCUUUUAUUUAUUUCACUUGCCUGUCACUGGAUUAUUAUAUUUUUAAUAUUCUUAUUGUUAAAAAGAUAUAAAUAUACAUUUUGAUGCCUAAAUCCAUAAAUGCUGCAGGGUAUGAAGAAUGCAACCAUUUUCUGCCAGGUAUGUGGGACCUUUAUGCACUGUAUCUGGUGGUAGUGGCAGGGAGCUAUUUAUCUGAACUUUGUUCAUUGCUCACACCCCUACAUUUGAUAUAUUCCUGCUUUGCUUCCUGGAAAGAUAUGGAUUUAUAUACCAUAACAUUUUUUUUGUCAAACUGCACUUGCUGCUAGAGGAAUGAGGCAUUUAAAGUAAAAAUACUAUAAAUGUUUGAGGAAGAUCUGAAUAUACUGAGAUGUAUAUAAUGAAAAUAAAUGUAUUUUAUUCUUAAA